AUGGGCUACACUAUCGAAGAUCGGUUCAUCACGUCUAGCCGGAAUGGCCAAAAGAUUGCCAUUUCCAUAUACAAGCCCGAUGGAAUAAAACACACUGCACCCGUCAUCGUGAUGGGCCACGGCAUCGGCGCCAUCAAGGCCGCCGGCCUCGCCCCUUUCGCAAGCCACUUCACUGCCGAGGGCUACACUGCCGUUACAUUUGACUACCUAGGCUUUGGCGAGAGCGAAGGCUUCCCGCGGAACGUUCUCGAUGUCGGGAACGAGCUGCAAGACUUCCGCGAUGUCAUCAAGUGGGUUCGGGAGCCGGAUCAGAGCACGUGGGUCGACUCAUCACGAAUCGUUGCGUGGGGAAGCAGCUUUGGCGGCAUGCACACCACCGCUCUCAUGGCCGAAGAUCACGAGCUGGCAGCCGGUAUAGCGCAGUGUCCGCUCGUUGACGGGUUGGCUGGUGUGAUGCAGAUGCCGCUGCUCCGGUCUUUGAGACUGGCGACAACGGCUGCUGCUGAUAUCGUCGGUUCGUAUAUUCUAGGAACCAGGGAGCCGAAGUACGUCGACCUCAUUAGCGAUGGUUCCACCACGGCUGUCAUGGCUUCACAAGAGGCUUAUGAUGGUUGGAAUCGCUUAUCGCCUGGUGACGGACGAGACUGGCCUAAUGUGAUCGCUGGGCGGUCUCUUCUCAACAUCAUGAUAAAUCGGCCGCUGUUACACAUACACAAAAGCACUCGCCCAUAUUUAGUUGUUCUUCCCACAUGGGACAAUGAAGCAUCCUUAGGUGCUGCGGAGGACUGCGUUAAACGUGCUCCUUUUGGAGAAGCGUUGAGGGUUGAUGGUGGUCACUUUGAUUUAUACAAGGGGGGAAUCGCGUUCGAGAAGAAUAUUGCUGGGCAAAAAGAGUUUCUUAGACGUGUACUGAAUGCUAAGUGA